GCGUUCUCACAGUCGCAGUUGCUCCCUGCCUUGCUCCCGCACCACCAUUGCAGGCUGAGCUUGAGCUCGGUCGAUCGAAGGACCCUUCACUUGCAGUGGAGCUCGCGGUUGAGCGAUGGAGCCGGUGGAGUCGGCCAAGUGCGAGUGCUGCGAGCUGCGGGAGGACUGCACGCGGGGGUACAUCGUGGGCGUGAAGGCGGACUUCGGCGGGCGGUGGCUGUGCGGGCUCUGCUCCGAGGCGGUGAGGGAGGAGGGCAGGAAGCACGGGAUGGAGGCGGCGCUGCAGGACCACAUGGCCUUCUGCGCCGGCUGGUGCCGCGGCAAGGGCCCCGCGCUCCGGGUCGCCGACGGCAUGCGCCAGAUGCUGCUCCGCCGCCGCCGCCCCAUCUCCAUCUCCAAGUGAGGCCAAGCCAAGCGACCCGUCCAUCAUUCACGGCGCCGGCGACGAACGGAUCGCGCCGGCGGUGACAACAAGGAGAGCACCGGCCGUUGCAUCCGGCGAGUGUUGUACGAGCCCCGGUCGAACAAGAUCGACGUAAUAAGCCAAGGGUUCAUAUGUAUUUGUGCUAGUAGUAAUACGGAGUAUGUAUGUAUGUAUGUAUGUAUGCAUGAUGUGGUAGUAAUAAUCUUAGCUAGGCUAGCUAGGUUGAAGCUGCAUUGCACCAUUGGCAGGUAGCUGAUGCUGGUGCUAGCUUUGCUCAAGCCCCGGCCGGCUGUACAAAAGGGAGGGACCCAAUAACAUGAGAGGAUGUGACGAUGCCUGCCGUCGAUUA